CAUCCUCCCUCUAGCUUCUGGCGCUGCCCACUGUAACCCGACUCCGGCAUUUGCGUUUGGGGCGCCCUCCCUGCGCCGGGGGCGGGAGCCCAGCGAGCUCAGAGCCCCGGCCCGCGCGGCCCGAGUGCCACAUCACUGCGCCGGCCGUCCAAGGCCCGCCGCCCCACCAUGCCGCCCCCGCCGCCGCUGCUGCUCCUCACAGUCCUGGUCUUCGCCGCUGCCCGGCCGGGGUGCGAGUUUGAGCGGAACCCCGCCGGUGAAUGCCACAGGCCGCCGGCUGCAGACAGCGUCACCUGUGUGGACCUGCAGCUCAGGACCUGCAGCGAUGCCGCCUACAACCACACCACCUUCCCCACCCUCCUGCAGCACCGGUCGUGGGAGGUGGUGGAGGCCAGCUCCGAGUACAUCCUGCUGAGUGUUCUACACCAGCUCCUGGAGGGCCAGUGCAACCCAGACCUGCGGCUGCUGGGCUGUGCUGUGCUGGCCCCCCGGUGUGAGGGCGGCCGGGUGCGCAGACCCUGCCGGCACAUCUGCGAGGGCCUGCGGGAGGCCUGCCAGCCCGCCUUCGAUGCCAUCGACAUGGCCUGGCCCUACUUUCUCGACUGCCACCGCUACUUCACGAGUGAGGACGAGGGCUGCUACGACCCACUGGAGAAGCUUCGGGGAGGCCUGGAGGCUGACGAGGCGCUGCCCUCGGGGCUGCCGCCCACCUUCAUCCGCUUCAGCCACCACUCCUACGCCCAGAUGGUACGUGUGCUGAGGCGGACGGCCUCCCGCUGCGCCCACGUGGCCAGGAUCUACAGCAUCGGGCGCAGCUUCGACGGCAGGGAGCUGCUGGUCAUCGAGUUCUCCAGCCGCCCCGGCCAGCACGAGCUGAUGGAGCCCGAGGUGAAGCUCAUUGGCAACAUUCAUGGCAACGAGGUGGCGGGCCGGGAGAUGCUCAUCUACCUAGCCCAGUACCUGUGCUCUGAGUACCUGCUGGGCAACCCCCGCAUCCAGCGCCUGCUCAACACCACCCGCAUCCACCUGCUGCCCUCCAUGAACCCUGAUGGCUACGAGGUUGCAGCCGCCGAGGGUGCCGGCUACAACGGGUGGACGAGCGGGAGGCAGAACGCGCAGAACCUGGAUCUGAACCGAAAUUUCCCGGACCUGACGUCCGAGUACUACCGGCUGGCGGAGACCCGCGGCGCGCGCAGCGACCACAUCCCCAUCCCGCAGCACUACUGGUGGGGUAAGGUGGCCCCGGAGACGAAGGCAAUCAUGAAGUGGAUGCAGACCAUACCCUUCGUGCUCUCGGCCAGCCUUCAUGGGGGCGACCUGGUGGUGUCCUACCCCUUCGACUUCUCCAAGCACCCCCAGGAGGAGAAGAUGUUUUCUCCCACGCCCGAUGAGAAGAUGUUCAAGCUGCUGUCCAGAGCCUAUGCUGACGUCCACCCCAUGAUGAUGGACAGGUCGGAGAACAGGUGUGGAGGCAACUUCCUGAAGAGGGGGAGCAUCAUCAAUGGGGCGGACUGGUACAGCUUCACAGGAGGCAUGUCCGACUUCAACUAUCUGCACACCAACUGCUUUGAGAUCACAGUGGAGCUGGGCUGUGUGAAGUUCCCCCCCGAGGAGGCCCUGUACACGCUUUGGCAGCACAACAAGGAGUCACUCCUGAAUUUCGUGGAGACGGUGCACCGGGGCAUCAAAGGUGUGGUGAUGGACAAAUUCGGCAAGCCCGUCAAAAAUGCCCGGAUCUUAGUCAAAGGCAUUCGCCACGACAUCACCACAGCCCCUGAUGGCGACUACUGGAGAUUGCUGCCCCCAGGUACCCACAUUGUCAUUGCCCAAGCCCCUGGCUACACCAAGGUCAUCAAGAAAGUCAUCCUCCCUGCCCGGAUGAAGAGGGCUGGCCGUGUCGACUUCAUUCUGCAGCCUCUGGGGGUGGGACCCAGGAACUUUCUUCACGGGCUGCGGAGGACUGGGCCCCACGACCCGCUGGGAGGUGCCAGCUCUUUGGGGGAGGCCACGGAGCCCGACCCACUCCGGGCACGCAGGCAGCCCUCGGCCGACGGGAGCAAGCCCUGGUGGUGGUCCUACUUCACGUCGCUGAGCACGCACAGGCCACGCUGGCUGCUCAAGUACUAGCCGCAGCCCCAGCACCCGCCCGGAUGUGGAGACCCAGGCCCAUCUCCGCGUCCCGGGCCCCUGGCUCUUGAUUUUGUCUGCCACAGACAUUCCACAAAGCCGCUGCCGUUUUAUUAAAGUGUUUAUAUCCACUUUCCACUGGAA